AUGGAAAACCGACUACCUACUCGUGCACUAAAGCGGGAGAGCGACAGCCAUGAGCAGAGUUCUAGCUCUAAACGAUCACACGGGGCGACGAUGGAUCCUCUAGCGCUCAAGGACUUGGGCGAGCACUUAAAGAUUUUACCCGUGCCUACGGACACCGAUGACCUGGAAACGACAUCGCGAAAGAUGCAGGAUCUCGCCAGGGUUGUUGAGCGGGGCAAUAGUCUUGCACUCUGGACGGGACUGAAGCUGGCGUCGCACAACAAACGCAGGGAUCUGGAAAGCUCAGCUAGGGCACAGAUGACGGAAUCUGAAUGGGAGCUGUAUGAGCGCUGGAAAGGAAUGCAAGACACCUGCAAUGACGGGGACGAGCACAAUAACCAAAGUGAGCAGCAGAAGCCAUUGGAUAUUCCAGAGUUCAACUGGAACGAGAACAAAGCUCCUGUGCCAACAGGAGCUCACAGUGUCCGAAAAUUUACACAGCGGGCAGCAGUCAUGGACAUGGUCUGGGGCCACCAAGGCGCCACUCCCGAACAUGCAUCAUGGCUGACUUUUAAUAUGCCAGUUAUGCUACCCCUCAUUAAAACGAUCACCAAGGUCUCUAAUAUCCAGAAGCACAUUCAGGACGCCGAUCCUCUUGCUGGUAAACUGACAGACAUGGAGGCUGCAGAGAUUGAAACCGUGCGCAGGGUAGUAGAGGUCGCAGAGGGAAACAGAUUACGUGAAUUGGAACGGAUCCGCAAGCUGGCCAAAUCCAUCUCGAUUCCAUAUAUCUCGAAUCACCCGAUCCGACCGGUAAUGACGCAAGGUUCGACUGCGGUAAAAAGAGACCCUAAGAGUCGCUCGCAUCCAUUAUUGGUCACCGGGCUCGUCGGAUAUUAAUCUGGGUCAUAUCCACUCAUAUCCGAGGACACCAAACCCGAAGCGAAACAAAUCUCCAUUUUGGCUGUUGUUAAGUCGUUCUAUGGCUGAAUUGCGGUGUCCUCGGCUUCUUGUACAGUGUACUUAGGCUUAAGUCUGACCUUGGCAUACAUUCCCAAACACCAAAACAAGGCAAUUUAGUAGGGCUAGCUGUCGGAUUCUUCCCAACUAUGACGGCAUCUUUCUAGAAGAGAUUGAAAUUUUGGCCGCCAGAUGACCUCAUGGCCAACCAUCCGAGGGAGUGGACAACAAUGUUCGGUAGUAUCCUGUAUGGAGUACAACCAGGCAGAAGUCAGCAGAUGGCCAUAGCGUACAUACAUCCAGAGUACUGUACAUCCCUUGGACUAGAGCGUACACCACGGUGCACAACAGAGGAUCUAAGCCAAGUCGUCUGUACGGAGUUAUCUUGGCCAGAAUAAUUGCCAUGCAGCUG